AUGGAGGGGCCCGCCGGCGCCGCGGGCGCGCGGGCGGAGCGCGGGAGGUCGCGGUCGAGGACUCCGCCGCGGCACUCAGCCGAGGAUGGCUCCGCGGCAGGAGGCCUUGCCGCGCUGGCGCCGGCCGGGCCGGAGGAGGAGCGCCAGGGCCAGGGCCAGCAGAGCGCGGGGUGGGCGGCGCGCAUGCGGCGGGCCAUGUGCCGGGCGAAGGGCUGGCUGGCGGGCGAGGUGGCGCGCGAGGGGGACGUGGCGCUGGCCGCCGACGAACCCCCGCCGCAGCAGCCCGCCGCCCCUGCUGCGGAGCGGGGGCCGGCCGAGGCCGCCCCGCCGCU